UUUGCUCCAAGGAAAGAGACAGGAAAAGGGAAAGCAGCAGUCCCUAUCGGAUGUGCCGUGGUAAUCAGUAAAUCAACAAAAGAGACCCGGGUAGACAGAGUACGAGAAGGGUCUGAGACUUGUAUGUCAAACGGAACCGUGUCUGUGAGGGAGGGAGACACCUCAAUUCCAGUACGGAUCUGGAGAGACACGGGGGCUGAACUAUCAUUAAUCAGCAGUAAGGUACUAGAUUUUGGUCGCAAGACAGGAAUGGUAGCUGUGAAAGGAAUAGGCCAAGGGACGGAAAUGGUGCCCUUGCAUAGGGUCAUUAUGAAUUGUGUGCUAGUCUCUGGACCAGUUGAAAUAGGGGUGCGAUCAGAUUUCCCGAUAACUGACGCUUACGUCCUUCUUGGUAACGAUUUAGUUGGUGGUAAGGUUUGGUCAGCAAUGACGCUGACAAGCCGGCCGGUGAGUGUUGCGGCCCCGCUCCUAGAUUCCAAGAUCUAUCCCGCUUGCGCGGUCACUCGCAGCAUGUCGAGAAAGGCAGCUGAGAAAGGGAGCAGCUUAAAUCCGGCCAGUUUUGAUUUGGCCGAGACGUUUUUAUCGACCCUGUACCACGAGGGUUUAGAGGGUGGUAAAAUGAAGAGUAGUAAAGUGAAAGAGAGUAAGGGAGAGGAGGUAGACCUGCCCUUAGCGAGGAGAAAAGUUUAGAGGCACAAAAUAAAGAUGAGGAACAGAUAGAGCUGUUAAAAGGUCCAGAGUUGGACAUGGAUGAUCUGUCUGGUUUGGCAGAACUGUUUGAAGAGGUUGAAACUUCUAAAGGUGUUCCCGAUAAUGAAAUGACGGCAGCCCUAGCUGAAAAGGGUGCCCUUACCUUGAAGAAGUCUGCUGGGUUGGCAGAUGAGGUUGUUUCAGCCCGCGGGGUUGAGUUUACUCCGGAAGGGAGUUGCCCAGAGAGUAGUGGGACGGGGGUCCGGAGCCACUUGCGUCUCUUUUACCUCAGUGCUGCGGCUCCCUGUUGCUUUGGGAAAUAAUUGGCCAGUAUUUAAUUAAAAUGUAUUUUAUGUUAGUUUGUUAGUUUUUGAAAUGUAAUUCUAAAUUUGAAGAUUAUGGUGAUCUUGUACAAUCUAAAUAAGACGUUGUGGCGACACAUUUCCUGGCACAUUGGAACCGGCUCACAAUUAGCCAGCGUUCAGGCUAAGGGAGAUAGCCUACGGGGGUUUGUGAGUACGUGUCUUUUGCAGCAUCCGCGCCCAUGGGGGCCAGGUUGAGGGAGGCUUAAAAGCAAGGCUGUUUAGUUCGAAUAAAGUUAUUCGACUGCAGUUUACUGACUGCGUGAGCACACUGCUACAACGUGUUUUUAUCGCUAUUAAUAUACGUCACCACUGCCAAUACCUGACACCCGUCAGUGCGCGAUUUCUUUAAUUUUUCGAUCCAAGGUAGGCCAACUAUGGAGAAUUCUAAAAAAAGAAAAGUGACUGAAGAAAACAGAACGUUUAAUGAUACGUGGACAGAUUCAUUUGCUUUCACUGUUGACGAGACUGGUUUACCGGUAUGCUUAAUAUGCAAUGAGAAACUAGCAAACAACAAAAAGUCAAAUGUUACAAGGCAUUUCCAGAAUAAACAUGCAGCCUUUGCUCAAAAAUAUCCGGAUGGAGAUGAGAGAAAAAAAGCCGUUUCGGAACUGAUGUGGAAGAUUGAUCUGAGCAAAAAUCAUUUCAAGCAAUGGAUGAAGUCCGGAAAACCAACGACAUACGCUAGUUAUAUUGCCGCUCAGGAAAUAGUCAGGCACGGGAAGCAGUUUACAGAUAGUGAAUAUAUAAAAGAAUCUUUCAUUAAGAUUUCAGAACAUCUAUUCAUGGACUUUAAAAACAAGAGUGAAAUUGUGCAGAAAAUCAGGGAUAUGCCCCUCUCUGCAAAGACUGUCAAAGACAGAACCAUAAAAAUGGCAGAAGACAUCACAAGACAGCAAAUUAAAGACAUCAAUUCAGCUGUGGCCUACUCGAUUGCCUGUGACGAGUCUAAAGACAAAGGUGAUAUUGAACAAAUAGCGCUGUUCUGCCGGUAUGUAAACUCUGCCGGGCCACAGGAAGAACUGAUUGAGUUGAUACCUCUAAAAGACCAAACACGGGGGGAGGACAUCUGUGAGGCUGUCUUGAAUUGUUUAAGAGCCAAAGGAAUAAAGUCUACCCACCUGGUGUCAGUAGCUACUGAUGGGGCACCGAACAUGACGGGAACGCACAAGGGAAUUGUGGCUUUACUGCAGAAGUCGCUGGACAGAAAGCUGCUGAUUUUUCACUGCAUCUUGCACCAAGAGGCACUGUGCGCUCAAACAUUUCCUCCGGAAUGCACAGAAGUAGUGGAUGUUGUCAUUCAGAUUGUCAAUAAAAUAAUGGCAAAAAGUUUAAAUCACCGUCAAUUCCGUUAGUUACUGGACGAGCUGGAAAGCGCAUAUUCUGAUCUCCUGUUGCACAACAAAGUCCGGUGGCUGUCCAGAGGGGAGGUGCUGAAAUGCUUUGUCGCGUGUCUGGAAGAAGUGAAAACUUUCCUGGGCAGCAAAGGGCUGCAAAAGCUACACUUCAUGGUAAACAUGACAGCACACCUGAACACGCUGAACACAGCUCUUCAGGGGAAAGGACGUACAGCCCUACACAUGUUGGAGGAUGUUUUGGCAUUCGAGCGCAAGUUGACAGUGCUUGCCAGAGAUUGACAGAAAGGCACUCUGUCUCACUUCCCCAAUUUGAGAGAGUUCAAACAAGGUCACGACAUGAUAAAUUCGGAGUAUUUACAUUCUGCAAUCAUCGCAAUGCAAACAUCGUUUGGGAAAUGCUUCUGUGAGUUCAGAGAGGAAAAAAAAACACAUUAUCCUUCCCGGUCACUCCCCUAAGCAUCGAUUCAUCUCUACUGAAUACGACUGCAUUGGCAGGUGUGAGUAAACCUGAUCUUGAGGUGGAACUAGCCGACAUACCCGACAAAGACAUAUGGGUGUCCAAGUUUAGACGCUUGACAGCAGACCUUGAAGAUGUUGCCCGUCAGAAGGUCGUUCUUGCUGAGAAUCACAAAUGGAGUGAUACUGAAAACCUCCCAAAACCAGACAAACUUGUGUUCGAAACAUGGAAUGCUAUCCCCGACAUUUAUGUAAACAUUAAAAAGUAUGCGCUUGGAGUCCUGUCGAUCUUUGGAUCCACAUAUGUAUGUGAGCAGGUGUUCUCCAACAUGAACUUUAUUAAAAACAAACAUCGCGCACGCCUCACAGAUGACAGCUUGCGAUCCUGUGUAAAGAUGAAGGUGACGUCAUACAGCCCUGAUGUGCAGACGCUGUGCGCUGUCCAGGAGCAGAAAUCCAAUUAACCAAGUUGACAGCUGGCUGACGUUAUUGUUGGUUUGCUGCUGUUGGAAAAUUUAAGUUCAGCGUUUUUCACAAAUACAAGAAGGACUCAAAUAGACAUUGAAUAUUUUACUUAAAAGUAACCUUCAACCCAACGUCUUUUUUUCGGAGUUCAAAAUGUUUUUGUUGCAUGCAGAAAUGUAAUUUCGUUUUCUCUGCAGGAGUUCAUCAAUUUCAUAAAUGCAACACAUUAUAGUUUGUUUAUACAUAGCAUAAAGGCAAAAGAAUAUAUGUUAUUAAUGGGUGGUGAUUUUAAUACUUGUUUAAAGUCUUUAAUGGAUAAGUCAUCAUCCAAGCAUCAACUCCCUAAUCGUUCUGCAUUACUUAUUAAUUCCUUUUUAACGGAUUAUGGCUUAAACAAAAUUUGGAUACACAUGCAUCCUUGUGAUAGAGAAUAUUCCUUUUUCUCACACGUUCAUAAUAAAUAUUCGAGGAAUGAUUAUUGUAUAGUUGACCCUCGAUUUCUAUUCAAUGUUCAGAAAUGUGACUAUGAUGCAAUUGUUAUCUCUGAUCACGCUCCUUUAAACCUAAUAUUUGAACUGAAAGAUGUUGCUACUACAGGACCACCUUGGUGCUUUCCCGAACAUUUGUUACAAUGUUCAGAAUUUGUUGAGUUUAUUGAAACUCAGAUAAAAGAGUUUUUUUUCUUUAAUAAUACAGGAAACGUUUCAAAGUUAGUGAUUUGGGAUACAUUAAAUGCUUAUUUACGUGGUCAAAUUAUUUCUUAUAUAGCUAAGCUGAAGAAACAGACAAGAAUGGAAUUAGAUAAAAUUUCUAAACAAAUUAAAAAUUAGAUUACAGCAAUGCAACCUCUCCAAACAUUGAUUUAUUUAAAAGAAGAGUGGAAUUACAAUACAACUUAACUUAUUAUUAACUUAUCUUAUUGAAGGAUAUUUACUUAAAUUGAAAAGUCAGUUUUAAAUUUCUGGGGUUAAAAAUAGUAAGCUCUUAGCUUCCCAAUUAAGGGCAGCUAGAGCUAAAAGACAGAUUGUAAUGAUUCGUAAAGAUAAUGGGUAUUUCGUAAGUAACCAUAAAGACAUUAAUAAUACUUUUCAGGAUUUUUAUUCUGAUCUUUAUAAAUCUCUAUUUCCUGCAGAUUCCUCUAAAAUGAAUGUUUUUUUUACAUAAGAUUAAAUUUCCUCAAAUUACUAUUGAAGAUCAACAGAUGUUUGAUGCUCCAAUCACUGAACAUGGAAUUCAGAAAGCUAUGUUGUUAAUGCAAUCAGGUAAAGAUCCUGGACAUGAUGGCUAUUUGGUAGGAUUUUACAAAAAAUUGAAAAAUUACUCUGUCAACGUCUUUUGGAAAUAUUUCAUGAAUCUUUUGAGAAGGAUAAUUUACUUUCUCUUUUUUAUGAAGCUUCUGUUUCCUUAAUCCUUAAGAAAGAUAAAGAUCCAACUGAAUGUUCACCAUAUAGACCUAUUUCGUUAUUAAAUGAGGAUGUAAAAAUUCUCUCUAAGAUGAUGGCUAACCGUUUGGAAAAAAUAAUCUAAAAUUAUUUCUAUGGAUCAAACAGGCUUUAUUAAAGCCCGUUACUCUUUCUCCAAUGUUCGGAGACUGAUGAACAUUAUAUAUUGACCACUAUCUAAGAAACCCCAGUGUGUUAUUUCUCUUGAUGCAGAAAGGCAUUUGAUUGAGUGGAGUGGACAUAUCUGUUUAAGGUAUUAGAAAAAAUUGUUUUUGGUAAUAAUUUUAAUAGAUGGAUUCAAAUAGUUUAUAAGAUUCCUACUGCUACUGUUAUUAUGAAUAAUAUUAGGUUCUCUCUUUUCACUUUCACGCGGUACUAGACAGGGAUGUCCUUCAAGCCCUUUAUUAUUUAAUCUUGUAUUGGAGCCUUUUGCCAUAACACUCCAUGAAGCUAAAAAUAGUCAUUGUAUCUCUAUAAAUGGGAUUAUACAUAAGAUUUCUUUUUAUGCAGUUGAUAUUCUGGUUUAUAUUUCAAACCCUGAAGAAUCUAAUCCUAACCUUCUGGAAGUAC